AGCUUGCAUCGUCGCAACCUCACUCCUGACACUCCCCAUUCACACUCACGACACAUCAUCGCAACACGCUACGAUACCCAUUUAGCUUCAUCAUAUCCCUAUCACCACAGCUUAUCUAGAUCCACAAACGCGUAGCUACAGCUAUCAGCCAUGGCGGUUAUCUCCAGCAGCUCCGAAGCCUCACCAGCUCCUCCCACCCUCUACCGCGGCACCGAGAGCAUGCAUAUACGCUUGACCCUCCCUGCGCUCUCCCCGCCGGAGGAAUUCCCCGAAUGUACCACGGCAACUGCAAAGUAUCCUGCCAAAACGCACGCGCGCUCGGUGGCCUCACGGCUCCCGACAAAAUACGGGUUGAUCUACCUCGAGGGAAUGCCGUCACAGACUUUUGAGGAUUCCGAUAUGUCGCCGAAGUUCAGGCAGAGACGCGGGUUCCUGUAUAUGUCCGGUGUCGUGGAUAUUCCCGAUUGUAAGCUGGUGUAUAACAUCGAGACGGAUCACUUGACGCUGUAUAUUCCGCCCCUGGAUCCGAACACGGUGCUGUGGACGGGGAUGCCGUUGGGGCUCGAGGAGUGUCUGAAGAAAUAUGAUAUCGAUGCAUGCUCCCUCACCACAUCCCUCACCCACGACCUCCUCCAUUACCACCUCUCCCACCCUCUCUCACCGGUCUACCACCUCCCCACGCACACCCCGCACCCCGCCGGUAUCCCCUCCACCCUCGUCCUCACAACCCACCACCUCUCCGCGGCCCUUUCCACCAGCCGCGUCUACAAAACGCCCUUCGAGAUCUCCCUGAUCCGGCACGCGAACGCGAUCACCUCCGCCGCGCACCGUGCUGUCCUGUCCACACUCCGCUCGGGCUACGCCACGAACGAGACGCAUCUCGAAGCGGCCUUCCUCAGCGCGUGCACCGCGCGCUUCGCCAAAACGCAAGCGUACGACCCGAUCAUCGGGGCGGGGCGCAACGCCGCCACGCUGCACUACACGCUCAACUCCGCGCCGCUGAAGGGCCGGCAGCUCCUCCUCGUCGACGCCGCCGCCGAGUGGCAGGGCUAUGCCGCAGACGUCACCCGCACCUACCCCAUCCCCGGCAGCAAGAUCUCGGACGAGGCUAGGGCUACAUACCGCCUCGUCGAGCAUAUGCAGGCAGAGUGCAUACACCGCUGCGUGGCCGGCGCGGACUUCCUCGAGCUGCAUAGGCUAGCCCACAGACUGGCCGUCAGGGGACUAUUGAAAAUGGGCAUCCUCCGCGGCCGCGAAGAGGAGAUCCUGCUGGCCGGCACGAGCCGCGCGUUCUUUCCGCAUGGCCUGGGCCACAUGCUGGGGCUGGACGUGCACGAUGUCGACCUGCCGCCCAUUCCCUCCUCCUCCUGCUCCUCCUCUCCUACCACCCCCACCACUGCCCACGUAGUCGACGAAGUGCUCCCGCUGCACCGCGGGGAAAAAGCGCGGAUCAUGGCCCCCAGACUGCUCGAGGAGAACAUGGUCGUCACGAUCGAGCCCGGGAUCUACUUCUGCGAGUGGAUUGUCACGCCGUACCUCCGCGACCCAGUGCACGCGAGGUUCAUCUGCGAGAAGGUCCUCGAUAGGUUCUGGGAUGUGGGCGGCGUCAGGAUCGAGGACGAUAUUCUCAUACUGGCAACGGGGAGGGGGAAUGAUAAUUUGACGGGUGCGCCGAAGUGGUAGGUACUGGGGAGUGCUGGGGGGGUAGUUGGGGUUUGUAUAGGUUGGGGGUUGGGAUUGUAGGUAUAUAGGGCGUUUUCUUGGGUCGUUUUCUUAGUCGUUUGCGGAGAUGUUAUACCAUUGUCAGCUAUGUAGAAGAGGGUAGAGGAGGCUUUUGACGUCAUGCAUGGACUCGUAUCUCUUCUGUCUUGUGUUCGAAAACCCAGAAUCUAUAGUCAGUACCUAGCCACACUAGCAAUUACGUAUACCCCCGGCCUUCUUCCCUCGCCCCUCUCCC